AUGCCUCGCCCGGGCAAGAGCUCCUACAGCGACCAGAAGCCGCCGUACUCGUACAUCUCGCUGACGGCCAUGGCCAUCCAGCACUCGGCGGAGAAGAUGCUGCCCCUGAGCGACAUCUACAAGUUCAUCAUGGAGCGCUUCCCUUACUACCGCGAGCACACGCAGCGCUGGCAGAACUCGCUGCGCCACAACCUCUCCUUCAACGACUGCUUCAUCAAGAUCCCGCGGCGGCCCGACCAGCCGGGCAAAGGCAGCUUCUGGGCGCUCCACCCGGACUGCGGGGACAUGUUCGAGAACGGCAGCUUCCUCCGGCGCCGGAAGCGCUUCAAGGUGCCGCGGCCGGAGCCCCACAUGCCGGCGGCGGGCAAGGCCGGCGGCGUGCUGCCCCCGCACCUGAGCCACUACUUCCACCCCCACCAUCAGGCGCCGCCGCCGCCGCCCCCGCCGCCGCCGCCGCCGCUCCAGCCUCCCGCGGCCGGCAAGGCGCACCCGGACUCCACGGUGGCGGCCGCGGCGGCCGCAGCAGCCGCCGCCGCCGCCGCCGCCGUGGGACGGCUGCCGCAGUUCCCGCCCUACAGCCCGGCGCCCGGCUUCAAGCACCCCUUCGCCAUCGAGAACCUCAUCGGGCGGGACUACAAGGGCGUCCUGCAGGGCGGCGGGCUGCCCCUGGCCUCCGUGAUGCACCACCUGGGCUACCCCGUGGCCAGCCAGCAGAUCAGCACCAUGGUCAGCUCCGUGUGGCCCCACGUGGGCGUGAUGGAGCCGGUCGGCGGCCUGCCCAUCGCGGGCGAGUACGGACCCUUCGGCGUGCCGGUGAAGGCGCUCUGCCCCCCGCCGCCCGCACAGACGCUGCCGGCCAUGCCCGUGCCGAUCAAGCCCACCGCGUCCCUGCCGCCGGCCACGGCCAUCCCCGCCCUGAGCGUCGGCCAGGUGGCGGCGCCGGGGCCGCAGCCGCCGCUCUGCCCGGCGGCCGCUUCACCGAGCUCGUCGUCUUCCCUCCUCGAACAGACGCCGCCGAACUCUGCCGAGGGCAAAGGCUCCUUGCAUUCCGCCCUGGUGCAUUCCUAA